CGCCCAAUGGCAGAGGUAGCAUUGUUGAGAGCCGGCCCUUGUGGACUCUGUCUUGGCCGCUGUGGAGAUGAUGAGGAACCGCAGAAUUCCAGGUCUGCUCUAAGAGGGAAAUAACAAAAACAAAAACAAAACAAUGGCUGCAAAAGAGAAACUGGAAGCAGUGCUGAAUGUGGCCCUAAGGGUGCCGAGCAUCAUGCUGUUGGAUGUCCUGUACCGAUGGGAUGUCAGCUCCUUUUUCCAGCAGAUCCAAAGAAGUAGCCUCAGCAACAACCCCCUUUUCCAGUAUAAGUAUUUGGCUCUUAAUAUGCAUUAUGUAGGUUAUAUCUUAAGUGUUGUGCUGCUCACCUUGCCCAGGCAGCACCUGGUUCAGCUUUAUCUCUAUUUUUUGACUGCCCUGCUCCUCUAUGCUGGUCAUCAAAUCUCCAGGGACUAUGUUAGGAGUGAACUGGAAUCUGCUUAUGAAGGACCAAUGUACUUAGAACCUCUUUCCAUGAAUCGGUUUACCACAGCCUUGAUAGGUCAAUUGGUGGUAUGUACUUUAUGCUCCUGUGUCAUGAAAACGAAGCAGAUUUGGCUCUUUUCAGCUCACAUGCUUCCUCUGCUAGCACGACUCUGCCUUGUUCCUCUGGAAACAAUUGUUAUCAUCAACAAAUUUGCUAUGAUUUUUACUGGAUUGGAAGUUCUCUAUUUUCUUGGGUCUAAUCUUUUAGUACCUUAUAACCUUGCUAAAUCUGCAUACAGAGAAUUGGUUCAGGUAGUGGAGGUCUAUGGCCUUCUUGCUUUGGGAAUGUCCCUGUGGAAUCAGCUGGUCGUCCCAGUUCUUUUUAUGGUUUUUUGGCUCGUCUUAUUUGCUCUUCAGAUUUACUCCUAUUUCAGUACUCGGGAUCAGCCUGCAUCACGGGAGCGGCUUCUCUUCCUUUUUCUGACAAGUAUUGCUGAAUGCUGCAGCACUCCUUACUCUCUUUUGGGUUUGGUCUUCACCGUUUCUUUUGUUGCCUUGGGGGUUCUGACACUCUGCAAGUUUUACUUGCAAGGUUAUCGUGCUUUCAUGAAUGACCCUGCCAUGAAUCGGGGCAUGACAGAAGGAGUGACAUUGUUGAUCCUGGCAGUGCAGACCGGGCUGAUAGAACUGCAGGUUGUCCACCGGGCAUUCCUGCUCAGUAUUAUCCUUUUCAUUGUCGUAGCUUCCAUCCUGCAGUCUAUGUUAGAGAUUGCAGAUCCUAUUGUUUUGGCACUGGGAGCAUCUAGAGAUAAGAGUUUAUGGAAACACUUCCGUGCUGUAAGCCUCUGUUUAUUUUUACUGGUAUUUCCUGCUUACAUGGCAUAUAUGAUUUGCCAGUUUUUCCACAUGGAUUUUUGGCUUCUUAUCAUUAUUUCCAGCAGCAUUCUCACCUCUCUUCAGGUUCUAGGAACACUUUUCAUUUAUGUCUUAUUUAUGGUUGAGGAGUUCAGAAAAGAGCCGGUGGAAAACAUGGAUGAUGUCAUCUACUAUGUGAAUGGCACUUAUCGCCUGCUGGAGUUUCUGGUGGCCCUGUGUGUGGUGGCCUAUGGAGUCUCAGAGACUGUCUUUGGAGAGUGGACUGUGAUGGGCUCAAUGAUCAUCUUCAUCCAUUCCUACUACAAUGUGUGGCUUCGGGCCCAGCUGGGGUGGAAGAGCUUUCUUCUUCGCAGAGACGCUGUGAAUAAGAUUAAAUCAUUGCCCAUUGCUACAAAAGAGCAGCUUGAGAAGCACAACGAUAUCUGUGCCAUCUGCUAUCAGGACAUGAAGUCUGCUGUAAUCACACCUUGCAGUCAUUUCUUCCAUGCAGGCUGUCUAAAGAAAUGGCUCUAUGUCCAGGAGACCUGCCCCCUGUGCCACUGCCACCUCAAAAACUCUUCCCAGCUUCCAGGAUUAGGAACUGAGCCCGUUCCACAGCCUCACACUGGAGCUGAGCAGAACGCUGUGCUUCAUGGAGGCGCUGCACCCCCAGACCAAGAGCAUCCUGCAGGGACCACAGCACAGGAAGGCUCUAGGGGCACUAAUGAAUGCGUUGCUGAAAAAUCACAUAGCCGGGAAGGGGCUGUUAACCCCAAAGAAUCUUCUGGGAGUGCAAAAGAUGAAGCACAUCCCACGGAGUCCACCUAGAGGUGGAAGCAGGAAUGGCACUUUGCUGCUGUGGAGUAGGAGUGAAUUUAAGGUGGAGUUCAUGCUUGGUGUUGGAAUGAAUGUAUAAGAUGAUUGGGCAGAAAACUGACAUUCCAAGCAUCUAAUCCAGGAAAUACUCUCAGCAGAAACCACCUGCUUUCAUCCCCUUGACAAUUGGAGGAAUUUUGCAAUGUAUGCUAAUCAAAAUGUAUUUAUAUAUUCUAUGCUGAUGUUUUGUAGAGGUUUGCCAAGAAAAUCCAACCUCAACAAUUCCAGAACUGCCCCUGAUCUGUGAGGGGUAAAUAAAACCAAAUGUGUGUGUUUGAAGGGGGCAAAGGAAGAGGAUAACAAGCUUAAGGACAGCAUGGGAAGAAGCAAGUGGAAGUGGAGCUUUCACUUUGUAUGGGACAGGAUCAUUCUUGUUACAGAGUAUGAGUUGUAACCUCCCCAUCCCCUCUCCCUUCUGUUCGUUGGAACUCAGUCAGGUGAUGAUUGAGUUUUGUACAGCACUGAAAUGAAAUCAAAGAUGUAGAAGCAUUGAUUGUACUCAAAGAUGGAAGCACACUCAUCCUUGGCAUGUGCUUCAGGGGAGGGGCGGGUGGGCACGGGGGCCCUGCGGGUGCAUUCUUGUCAUCUGAGACUCUGGAACUUUAUGAUAGAGUUUCCAAUAUUGUGAUGUAUAUGAAACUUUUGUUAAUAUCUUGUAUACUUUGUUGGCUGCGUGACGUAAACUAAAACUCUAAUGAACACUUUGGAGUCCGCUUUAGAAAAGGAGACCAAAGUGGGAAGGGCUUUAGGGCACUGAUAAAGGCCCUGGGUGUACUUUUCAAUUCUGUGUAAUGUUUAAUUCUUGCAACUGAAUCAAAACAGUGUUAAAUUAUGGCAACAUUUGCACUUUGGGAAUGAAUACUUAACUGUAUGAUCACACUUUGCAAUUGCCACUUUUAAAGCUGUUAAUAGACUUUGCACCUUUUCUUUGACAAGGAAAUGUCAUAUUUAAAUUUUUACAUUCAUCAUGGCUACAGUAGAACUGGGGAGGGGGGGAAUGUAAUUUUUUAUGGGAAUUUUGAUAUGAAAAGAAACUAGUCAUUUAUUUAUACAAUAGGCUUGGCUCAUAAAGUGUUUUUCAGAUUCGGUAUUCCUAAUGUGGAAUGUGACUGUAUUUUAUUUUUAGUAGCAAAUAUGGAUGUAGACUGACAGACAUAGCUGAAUGUCUUAAUAAAUUUACAUUUGAAGAUAACUGCACCCUGUGC